AGCAAGACGGCAUUUAGCUAGCGCAAUAAACAACAUGGAGGACAGAGACAACAAACUGAAAGUUACAACAGAAGAUAAACUAUAUUCACUCCAUAACGAAAUAAAGGCAUUGACAGAUACUUGCCAUACUAAAAACAUAUCAUAUUUCCAAAUUAAAAAAUCGGCUAAGUUGUUUCUGAGGUUCGAGAGAAGGAAGAAAAGUUCUCGGUCAAGUGUUGCGCUAACGCUAAUUGCUAUUUGCGUUUCCAUUGUGGCUGUUUUAUUUAAUGUUGAAUCUUCAAAGAGACUUAUAAAUUCUUACGGACGACAUGCAUUUAUUAAGGUGUUGCCAUUAUUUGACUGGACAUCACUACAUGGUAUGAAUUGUAUCAUACCCAAUGUUUUUAACUCUGAUGAUGAUAGACUUCUGCUCAAAGAAGAUUGCCAGAAUUGUUCCAGCAUAACACAAAUAGAUGUUGGUGUCACUAUAGAAGAAAUAGCAAAUAAUUACCUGUAUAAAGACGUUCCAGUUAUUAUACAAAAUACACAACAGUCUGCAGGCAGAGUUGGUAUACAUGAUAUUGUCAAGCUAUAUUUAGAAAAUGAUGUCAUGAGACUAUAUACAAGUUGUAAUUUAGAAAGCAAUAUCCAUUUAAAAAGAAAAGAUCAUAGAAGAUUUCUGGAUGGAAUAAGAAAUAAAGAAAUAUCCCAAUUCUAUAUUCAUUGGGAGAACUGUUUUAAAGAGGCUGCUAAGUUGUUCAGAAGUUUAUAUGAGAGACCAGAGUUACUGCCUUCCUCUGUGGAAUUGACUCCCUCAAGUUGGGUCUUCAUUUGCUCAAACUUUACAGAAAGAAAGGACAUUAGGUUACCAUAUAAGGAACAGGUGAUUGUCCUCAUUCAGCUAUCAGGCAGCCUAGAUAUCACACUGAAUCCAAGAAAGCCUUGCACAGAUGUCUGUCAAUCUAUACAUGCAAGAAUUCCAGAGGGAGGGACAUUGAUUUUAACAGACUUUUAUUAUGAUGUAGAGUAUAUAACAUGCAACCAUGGAAACAGUAUUACAGUUGGACUUGGAGGAAAACUGGACAUUUAAAAUCAUUGUCUUUGGAAUUAACAAAUGAUCAAAAUAACUUCAUGUGAUACAUGUAUUUUAGAUCAAUAUAUAUUAAUGUUUUACUCGAACUGUAUUGAACAUAAUUUAUGUCUUUUUGUAAAUGGUGCAGUUUUACUUAAGUAAUAAAGAAUUUGUUGAAUAUGAA